GGCCCUUUAUUGAACGGCGGAUUAUAAAAAGGGCUAAAGUUAUUACAAGGUGGUUAUUUUUCGUACACGUUUACAACACGCGUGGGUUUUGUGUGAGUUUAUACUUUACUGAUAACAUAACAAAAUAGCGUCGUAGUGUUAACGUGCCAAUUACUAGUCUCCUAAGAUGUCACUCGUCGCAGUGGCACACGUGAGAACCUAUCACCCAUUCAUUAUUCAAAGAGUCUCUCUGCUGUGGUGUCAAAUGACCUCUGAAUUGGAGUGCUGGGUGGCGCGCGUACCCAUAGCAAGGACCCAGGCCGAACAUAAACCCACCACAUCUCGCUAACACAGCCUCCUGCAGUUGGCCUCGUCAUUGCAUUGUUUGGGGAGCAUGGAGACACAGAUAAGGGGGCCUUCAUAACAUCUCCCGUGAGCUCAUCAUUGAUCGGGCAUGACCGGUGGGGACUGGGUAGCUGCCGUUGAUCUGCGUGGUUUGAAAUCGAGAGCCUGAGCCUUGUGGGAAUAGGAGUCGCCUCUUGUGCAGGUGUCAUCCUUGACCUGUCAACCCACACGGUUUUACCCCGUAUUCUUGUACAGGGAAAUUGAGUUCUCAUGUCCAUACGGCGUACAGCCGUUUCGAUACGGGCAGCAACUAAAAUAGUCUGUGUUUCUCCCUUGUGAUGGGACUGUAGGAUGAACGUAGAGAUGUAUAGGGGUCACGGGGUCACCAAUAAGGUCUGAAUAAGCUGGGGCACUGAUAAGGGGUUGACAGGUAUGUCCUUGGGUGCAUGCAACUUCAACGGACAGGGCGUAUUGUUACGCACCAGACCUUAAUUCUCUCUGUAAGCGCCGCGUCUUCCCUUGAGCGGAGAGAUUUGGGGUUGGGGUAGUAGGUGGGUUGGGGUGGGUCGGAGAUGUUCGCCGCAGCCACCAAAAACUUCGUGACUCAAGUUGGCAGCAACGGGCGUCUGGUGCCCGUGCCGAGCUUGAACGAGGCCGACCGGUACCACCCGCUCAGCCUCGUCACCAAGAAGAGACGCUCCUGGCUCUGGCAGAAGGCCAAGUACUCGUCCACGUCCUUCGCCCUCAAGGACAUUUUGGUUGGGGAGAAGGACAUCGACAUUGACGUGACGUCGUACCAGCUGGUGAACUACGAGGACGAGUCGGACGGCGCGCCGGGUCGUCGCGAGCGACACGGCUCCGAGGGUGUGCUGGCCGGCGUGGGCUUCAGCGUGGCGCACUCCGAGAACGUGGCGGUGCACGCGUCCCUGGGCAUCGUCACCAAGCACGAGCUCGACGUGCCUCUCCUCCUCAGCCUCUUGCGCAACAGGAGGGUGGACGUGGAGCACUGGCUUGUGCGGCAGACUCGCGCCAGCGGCCGGGCCGUGCUGUGCGUCGUGGCCGAGAGCAUCCGCACGACGAGGCAAUGCUCCCUCGCCGUGCGCGCCUCCCUCGAGCAGAAGCUGCGGGUGCAGAGCCACCGGAACCGAGCGAGGGGAAGGGCAUCGGAGGAGGGCGCCCGUCAGGGGAAGGGUCGCGACAAGACCAUCGUCAUCCCCGCCCACACCACGGUCGCCUUCAGCGUCUUCGACCUCUACAUCCGCUUGGACGGAUCGUUCGAGCUGUGCGUUGCCGCCGAGCUGCCGGGGGGGUUCGAGCGCGAAGAGACGCUGGCCGAGCGUCUGCGUCGCCUCGUCUCCCGUCUGGCCGUGUGGCGUGGGAGCAGCGGUCCUUCUCGAUCGCUCCGGGCCGCUCCAGAGGGCCGCACCUCCCCGUCCGACAUGAAGGGGGGCUACCGGCCCUCCAGCCGCCGCAGCUCGACGGCGGACACCACCACCGUCGACUUCUACGAGCAGACGGCCACGCUCACCGACCUGUCGGGGCCCAGCGGUGUCGGGGCCAGCAGCACCAGCAACGGCGGCGGCCGCGGUGGCGGCUUCCCGCCGGAGGAGCCCGGAGCGCACCAGCGCGUCAACCUGCUCCACCAGGGCGUCUCCAAGGGUCCGUGCGCCCUCUGCGGCCUGGGCGCGCGGCCCAGGGACACGGUGUACGGCUGCCUCGAGUGUGCGUGGGGGGGGCACAAGUACGUGAGGCUCCACGCAGUGCCCUGCUUCGACCUCUGGCACAGGAAGAUGAAGAGUUGAACGUCGAUUGCCCCCCGCCUCUAACCCACCCCCCGCCUCGAGUUCUUGUUUUAGUGGUUGCCGAGUGACAGGGCCCUCCCCUCUUCAUUCUCUAGGUUAUAAGGUCGCGGGGCUCAUCGCACACGCUUAGUGUUUGCCACUAAUGAACCGCCGAUAUCUUGCGGAUAUCGUCAUUAGCAUAAAACGUCACGUGAACUCCGGUCAUCCUCGCAGCGGAGGCUUUUGGCUAACCCAUCGAACAAAGGCGGUCAUUGCAUCGCGCGCAGUUUUACUCUGGUGAGCAAUGGUGAAAUCAGGUGAAAAUCCCAGGUAUUUGGUCAUAUUCUGACAAAAUAUUGGUAGAAGCAACUUUUGCCAACGCACGAAUCAGGACUCAAUGUCUCAUUCAGCCUUCUGUGCAUUUAAUUUUGGAAUGCUGGCAACCACAGUUGCUACCUUGUGGUUUUGGCAGAUACAUUCAGUGGCCAAUUGCUGGGCAUGCAAUGCGGGAUAUUGCCUGAGCAAUAACCAUACCGGGAGGUCAGAUACACACCCACAUUUAUGAUAUUAUUUAGAUUGCUGUCUUAUUCCAACCAGAAAAAAAUCGCUGAUUGUCGGGACUGAGUUACAACUAGUGACACGGCAUCAUAAGCACGUGACGGAGGCCUCAGAACUCCGAGAUACAAACCGAGACCAGAGGCGCAUUUCAGCCGAAGCCACUGACUGAUGAGGAUCAAACCGUGCUGUAGGAACAUGGGGUAGUAGCAGCAGCAGCAGCCGCCUACACAUCAAAGCCGAAUAGAAACUGCCCACAGGCACAGGCUGUGCUUUUGUACUUCAAAUCCGUGUUUACAAAGUCCCCAAAGCACAGUGCCUACAUAUUUUCACGUAAAAGAAACACCGGACGGGAUUCAGGAUUCGCGUUUACAGGAAACUGAACUGCCUGAUGGUGGUUUGACCCUGUACGGGCAAGGUGUACGCAGCACCGGCCUGCGAGUGCGGAUCAGUCUGCCAGUAGGGGAGCGAUGUUACUUUGUGUGGGGGAGGGGGGUUACUCCCAAUUCAGUUUCAGUACAGAAGCAGCUCAUUUUUAAAAUCUGCCUGAAAGUUUGGACCGUAAUACGACGGGAUCUUUAACGUCCACUGCACAGCGGCAUUUUUUUUCCCUGUCGUAAUCUGUUAUACUCAUCAGAGGAUAUGAGGGCUGGCGGAAAAAAAAAGUGGUCAGGUAUUCCGCCCAGCUUCUCGACCUGUGAACGCCGUUGAUGAUCUGUGGCUGUCACGCCUUGUACUUCCCAAGCGGAGCGAGAUGUCCCUGCAAAUUCUUGGCACCAUUGUCGGUGUCUCCUGGCGAGGGCAAUUUCUUCCCCAACGCUUUUGAGUCCGUGCCUGAUGGAUUUCAGUUUUCAUUUGGGCUCUGUCACGCACAGGGCUGUGAAUAUCAAGGCCUGUGAAUAUCAAGGCCUGUGUAUAAAUUAAGCCUUUUGUUGAUGAUGCUUGACUGCCUAUGGAGCCCGAGGGAUAUGGCAGGGUUUUGAUUCUGGAUUCCAAUUACCGUAAUCCAAGAUGCACCGUUUCCUCUGAUGCAGUCGCAGGUCAAAAUUGGCUCAUCGUGAAUGUGUUUUCAUGUGGUUAGCAGAGGAUCUGUUACCUACCUAACUCGUUGCCUGCCUACACCAACCUGCCUCAUAACCUCUGUUGUCCAUGCUGUUUAUCAUGACUUUGCUGAAGGUUUUUUUUUUAAGUUAUUGAUAUUAGCAGAUUUCUGCGCAUGGAUUUUGUAUUCGCACCCUUUGAAUUAAAUAAACUUCAAAUGGGCUUGACUUUUUUAUUUUUAUAUUGGGCCCGUGUAGACAUG